AUGGCUAAAAAGAAGAAGAAGCCAAAGCUCUUAAACAAGUUUGAUAAGACCAUUAAAGCUGAACUAGAUGCUGCAGAAAAACUACGUAAAAAAGGAAAAGUUGAAGAAGCUCUAAGGGCCUUUGAAGCAUUAGUGAAUCAAUAUCCACAAAGUCCUCGAGCAAGAUACGGGAAAGCACAGUCUGAAGAUGAUUUAGCUGAGAAAAUGAGAAGCAAUGAGAUGCUGCAACAAGCUAUCAACACCUAUGAUGAGGUAGUUAGUCUGCCAAAUGUCCCUUCAGACUUGAUAAAACUGAGCUUGAAGCGAGAAGCUGACAGACAGCAGUUCCUUGGUCGCAUGAGAGGUUCCCUGGUUACUCUACAGAAAUUAGUUCAGCUGUUUCCCAGUGAGACUUCAUUCAAGAAUGACCUUGGUGUUGGUUACCUCUUGAUAGGAGAUAACAGCAAUGCUAAGAAAGUAUAUGAAGAGGUUCUAAGUCUGGCUCCAGAUGAUGGCUUUGCCAAAGUGCAUUAUGGCUUCAUCCUGAAGGCAGAAAACAAGAUAGCAGAGAGCAUACCUUAUCUACAGGAAGGACUGGAGUCUGGUGACCCUGGCACAGAUGAUGGGCGUUUUUAUUUUCAUCUGGGUGAUGCAUUACAGAGAAUGGGAGACAAAGAGGCAUACAAGUGGUAUGAACUCGGAUACCAAAGAGGUCACUUUGCAUCAGUUUGGCAGCGCUCUCUCUACAAUGUCAAGGGACUGAAAGCUCAGCCUUGGUGGACAGCAAGGGAAACUGGAUAUACAGAACUGGUGAAGGCCUUAGAGAAAAACUGGAAGCUCAUUCGGGAUGAGGGUCUUGCUGUGAUGGAUAAAAAAAGAAGCCUCUUCCUGCCUGAAGAUGAGAACCUACGGGAAAAAGGAGACUGGAGCCAAUUUACCUUAUGGCAACAAGGUAAAACAUUCUGUCUCAGCAGGCUGGAGAAGCUGCCAGCUGGAACAGUGAUGAAGUUCAACAAAGGCAAACGCAAAGCCCUGCAGCUGAUAACAGAUAAACACCUUGCACCUGUAGUGUCUGGAGACUGGGAAGAAGGGAAAGUCCUUAUUUUUGAUGACUCUUUUGAACAUGAAGUAUGGCAGGAUGCUGAAAGUUAUCGCCUGAUAUUCAUUGUGGAUGUGUGGCACCCUGAGUUAACAGCUCAACAGAGACGUACCCUGCCUGCUAUUUAG